AUGAGUCUACGUCCACGAGAGUGUUUCACUCAUUAUCACCUCAUAGUUCUAGCUGGUCUUGUAGCCGUUUCACUUGUUUUAAUCAUUGUCGGUGGUUCACUCUCGGCGUGGUGCAUUCGAUAUGGAAAUACAUUCGAAUGCCAUUCAUUAUUACACUCCGAACGAGCUUUUUCAUGUCUUUUCAAACUAAUUCCAACUGGUGCUGUCCUUUGUUUGAUUAUUUCCUUAUUCAUGUUCAUUAUUCUGAUCAUCGGUCAAACCUAUCUCGAAUAUUCAGGCAUGGCAAAGAAAGAAUAUCAAUUUGUCGCUCGAUCUGUUAAUAUUCUUGUUCUAUCAAUCGCUAUCAUAUUGAUUAUGGUUGUACUUCUUCAAUGGUUUCACCCACCAGCACAUUCGACGAAGAAUAUUUUAAUCGGAAUGGUUCCAUCGCAGAAUUUAGCAAACAACACAGCCAAACAAGAUCCGAUGGUUUUUGUAACAAUUCCACCGGACGACCCAUCGUAUUUGAAAGCAAUCGGCGCACAACGUGAAUCCAUACUUACAUAUCACAAACAUUUUCAUCAUGGACCGAAUUUAUUCUUCGCAGCGUUUAUUAUUCUUUUCGUCGCUUUACUUGGGUUUGUUCUUGGACAUCUAUUCAAGGAACAGUGA